UGUAUUUUCGAGAGAGUAAAAAACCACCACCCAACGAGGCUGGUCAUCUGCAUCGGCCGUACACCAUUGCAUCACCCACCCAUUACAUAUUGAAUCGGCAUCGCGUUGAGCAGUCGGUUUUCCAAUCUCGCGCCUGGCUUUGUUUCUCUUUUCAUGCCCCAACCGAGCUGAAGAGGCAAACUCGCCUGUGCUCUGCGUCGUGAUUGUUAAUCAUCAUCGUCGUGGGAACCUGACUCUUACCGCGACUCGCCGCUUCUUGCUCGUCGAACACUGCCCCGGAACUCGAUUGCUCGCAGACUCGACUACCAGACGCACCACUGUAAUAAAUUACAAGGUCGACUCCUGCUCACUCAACCCGUUUCCUGUCUGGCAUCCGUCAUUGCACACGCAGGUGCCAACGCCUCCGAGAUGGCCGACUACGAUGACUACGACUACGACGGGUACGUCGAAGAAGACGAUACCAGCAUCACGCCCGAAGACUGCUGGACCGUCAUCUCUUCCUUCUUCGAGUCCAAGGGUUUGGUUUCUCAGCAGGUCGACUCCUUCGACGAAUUCACCUCUUCAACCGUCCAAGAGCUCAUCGAUGAGUACUCCCAAAUCACCCUAGACCAGCCGAAUCCUAUGUCAGACAGCGACAAGGUCAUCGCCCUCCGUCGAUACGAAGUCAAAUUUGGCACUGUCAUGGUCUCUCGUCCAUCCAUCACCGAAGCUGAUGGUAAAGUUACGACAUUACUUCCCUACGAAUGCCGCGACCGCAACCUCACUUACGCCAGUCCCCUCUAUGUUAAGAUCACCAAGAAGGUCUCGAUUGCGGUAGAGAAACCGGUUCCGCUGAAUGAGCUCGACGAGGAACAGCAGGACGAACUUGCAAACACUGGCGAGCACCCUACCAAGUUGGAGUGGGAAGAGGAGGAGAGCGGCGAGGAUUAUGGCGCCGACAAAAACAAGUCAGAUGAUAUGAAGGACAUGAUUUUCAUCGGUCGCAUGCCCAUUAUGGUCAAGUCCAAAAUUUGCCACUUGAGUAGCGAGCAGGAGGAUGACUUGUUCAUGCUGAACGAGUGUCCUUACGACCAGGGAGGCUACUUCAUCAUCAACGGUAGUGAAAAGGUCCUUAUUGCUCAAGAGCGAUCGGCCGCCAACAUCGUUCAGGUUUUCAAAAAGGCCCAGCCGAGUCCAUACUCCUACACAGCUGAGAUCCGCAGCGCUCUCGAGAAGGGCUCUCGACUCAUUUCAUCUAUGAUGCUGAAGUUAUACAGCAAGGGCGACGCCGCAAAGGGCGGAUACGGCCAGACUAUCCACUGCAGUCUGCCCUAUGUCAAGGCCGAUCUGCCGAUCGCCAUCGUCUUCCGAGCUCUGGGCGUGGUAUCCGACGAGGAUAUCCUCAAUCAUAUUUGCUAUGACCGAAAUGAUAGCCAGAUGCUCGAGAUGUUGCGGCCAUGCAUCGAGGAGGCUUUCUGUAUCCAGGACAGAGAGGUUGCCCUUGACUUCAUCGGCAAGCGUGGUAGCAACCACAACAUUCCCAGAGAAAAGCGCGUGAGAACUGCCAAAGACAUUCUUCAAAAGGAAACUUUGCCGCAUAUCUCCCAGAGCGAAGGCAGUGAGACAAGGAAGGCAUUCUUCUUGGGAUACAUGGUCCACAAGCUGCUUCAAUGCGCCUUAGGUCGACGCGAUACCGACGAUCGUGAUCACUUUGGCAAAAAGCGCCUUGAUCUCGCCGGUCCCCUUCUCGCCAAACUAUUCCGCAACAUCGUCCGCCGCAUGAACCAGGAGCUAUCUGGCCAUCUCAAGCGCUGUGUCGAGUCUAACCGGCAAUUCAGUCUUACUCUCGGUGUGAAGCCGCAGACUCUUUCCAAUGGAUUGAAAUACUCUUUGGCGACUGGUAACUGGGGAGAUCAGAAGAAGGCCGCGAGCUCGACGGCUGGUGUGUCUCAGGUAUUGAACCGCUACACUUUUGCGUCUACGCUAUCUCAUCUUCGUCGCACAAAUACGCCCAUUGGUCGUGACGGCAAGCUGGCAAAGCCCCGGCAACUUCACAACACGCACUGGGGUUUGGUCUGCCCGGCUGAGACGCCGGAAGGUCAAGCUUGUGGUCUGGUCAAGAACCUGUCUCUCAUGUGUUAUGUGAGUGUCGGUACGCCCGCUGAACCCAUCAUCGACUACAUGAUUCAGCGAGGCAUGGAGGUUCUCGAGGAGUACGAGCCACUGAGGUAUCCCAACGCCACCAAGGUCUUCCUGAAUGGUGUCUGGGUUGGCGUGCACCAAGACCCAAGAAUUUUGGUUCCUGAUGUUCAGGGCACCCGCCGGCGAAACGUUAUUUCCCACGAAGUGUCGCUCGUCCGUGAUAUCCGAGACCGCGAGUUCAAGAUCUUUUCCGACGCCGGCAGAGUCAUGAGACCCGUUUUCGUCGUAGAGCAAGGUACCAACGGCAUAGUAGCACAGGGAUCGCUCGUACUGCAAAAGGCAACGGUCAACGAAAUGCGCGAGCAGCAGGAGAACCCUCCAGAUAACCCGGUUGACAAAAUCACUUGGGAGUCUCUUGCCCACAGCGGAGUUAUAGAAUAUCUCGAUGCCGAGGAAGAAGAGACAGCCAUGAUUUGCAUGACGCCCGAGGAUCUGGAAAUCUACAGAUUGCAGAAGCAAGGUCAAGUGGUCGAGGACAACACCGAUGGCCCCAAUAGCCGUCUGAAGACUAAGAUCAAUCCCACAACACACAUGUACACUCAUUGCGAAAUCCACCCCAGCAUGCUCCUGGGAAUUUGCGCCAGCAUCAUUCCCUUCCCCGAUCAUAACCAGUCACCUCGUAACACCUACCAGUCCGCCAUGGGCAAGCAAGCCAUGGGCUUCUUCUUGACCAACUACUCACGCAGAAUGGACACGAUGGCCAACAUUCUCUACUACCCUCAAAAGCCGCUGGCUACCACGCGGUCCAUGGAAUUCCUCAAGUUCAGAGAGCUUCCAGCCGGACAGAACGCCGUCGUUGCUAUUGCCUGCUACUCUGGUUACAAUCAGGAAGAUUCCGUGAUCAUGAAUCAGAGUAGUAUCGAUCGUGGCCUUUUCAGAAGUCUGUUCUUCAGAUCGUACACUGACUGCGAGAAACGCGUGGGUAUCAAUCUUGUUGAGCAGUUUGAGAAGCCCUUCAGAAGCGAUACCUUACGCUUGAAGCAUGGCACCUACGACAAGCUUGAUGAUGAUGGCAUUGUAGCACCGGGAGUUCGUGUCUCGGGUGAAGAUAUCAUUAUCGGAAAGACGUCGCCCAUAAGCCCGGACAACGCUGAGAUGGGCCAGCGAACGGCGCAGCAUGUCAAGCGCGACGCCUCCACCCCACUCAGAAGUACCGAAAACGGUAUUGUAGACCAGGUCAUUGUGACGACCAACCAAGACGGCCUCCGUUACGUCAAGGUCCGUGUCAGAACAACCAAGAUUCCACAGAUUGGUGAUAAGUUUGCCUCACGUCACGGCCAGAAGGGUACCAUUGGUGUCACUUAUCGGCAAGAAGAUAUGCCCUUUACUGGCGAGGGCAUCACGCCGGACAUCAUCAUCAACCCCCACGCAAUUCCGUCUCGCAUGACCAUUGCUCACUUGAUCGAGUGUUUACUCAGCAAAGUCUCGACAUUGAAGGGAAUGGAAGGCGAUGCCACUCCUUUCACAGAUGUGACUGUCGACUCAGUCUCGCAGCUCCUCCGAGAUCAAGGAUACCAAUCGAGAGGAUUCGAGAUCAUGUACAAUGGUCACACUGGCAGGAAGCUGCGAGCCCAGGUCUUCUUCGGACCGACUUACUACCAGCGUCUGCGCCACAUGGUGGACGACAAGAUUCACGCUCGUGCGCGUGGACCUGUUCAGAUCAUGACCAGGCAACCUGUGGAGGGUCGUGCUCGUGAUGGAGGUCUUCGUUUCGGAGAGAUGGAGCGUGAUUGCAUGAUUGCUCAUGGCGCGGCUUCUUUCCUCAAGGAGAGACUUUUCGAGGUCUCGGAUGCUUUCCGAGUUCACGUUUGCGAAAUUUGCGGCCUGAUGACGCCUAUCGCAAACCUCUCGAAGCAGUCGUUCGAGUGCCGCCCGUGCAAAAACAAGACGAAGAUUGCACAAAUUCACAUUCCGUACGCAGCUAAGCUUCUGUUCCAGGAGCUGCAGUCAAUGAACAUCGCCGCCCGCAUGUUUACCAACAGGUCCGGAGUCUCCAUCCGAUAAAGAGACUAGCUGUGGAGGAAAGGGACAUUUGAAAAACAGGUUGCCGAGCGGGAGUCCCGGGUCAUGGAGGUAGCCUGCGAGAUGAGAAUGGCUGAGCAGGCAGGCAGGGAGUAUUGGGAGGUGAUUGGUUGUAUUUGGCGUCUUCGAGGCUGGGGAACUAUAUUCUGGUCACCCCAUUCACUCGCAUCUUUGGGCGAGCCAUAGAAAACUUGGCAGAUGACGCCUCCA